ACAAUCGAAUUAAAUCUAGCGACUAGGAGAAAGAGAGGAGGGAGGCGGCGGAGCGGUUGAGCGAGAGAUGUCGAUCCUGUGGGAGAAGAGCGCGAGUUGGCGGUGGCUCGUGCGGAGGACCAGAGAUUCCAAGCCCUUCUUCCUUGCUUUCGCCACCGUGUGCGGCGUCGUUCCGGGAGUCAUUGGCUAUGGUGUCAUGCAGCUCACCAACACCCGCAACGAACAACUUGAGGCCCAUCUUCGAAAAAAUGCUCGCCCCGAAACCAUGAUGAUGGGACAAGUAAAUAAAGAAAGACUGGCUGAAUUCCUUGGAGAGCUUCAGCGGAAGGAGGAUACAAAUGACCGAUAUGUUGCUGCUCUAAAAGGUGAGACUUUAACCAGAAACCCGUAUGUGAGAAUUCAACCUGUUCCCAAGCAAAAGGACACUGGUGUUGACAAGGAGCAGAAGAAAUAAAGUUUGAUAGGCAUUUGGUGUGAAUACGCAUGAGAUAUCUGUAUGUCAAGAUGGCACAGGUUUUUAGAGUUAAGCUGGAACUUGAUGCUGUUUAGUAUCUAGUCUUUACAUUUUGAUUUUGAUUUGCAGAAGGGGGUCUUGGUAGGUGAACUUGCAUGAUUAAUAGUUAGACAGGACUUUUCCUAUGUAGAUUCCAUGUGUGUUCUGUGGAAUUACCUAGUUCUCCUAGGCUAUGGGAUAUUUUGAGGUUUAAUCAGCCUUAUCAUUGGUUUUUCCCUUUUGCAAUGACGUGAAAUAAAAUACAAUUCCUCCACA